GCGGGAGGGCAGGCCGAGGGGCGGGGAAGGGGCGCGGGCCGCUCUCCGGGGCUGUACCGGGCGCCCGCCCAGCCGCAGGCGCCUGCGCUCAGGCUCGCGGGCAUGGGGCGCCCGACCCCGGAGCUGCCGCUGCUGGCGCUGCUGCUGCUGCUGCCGCAAGCGCUGCGCGGGGCGCCCUGCCCCGAGCCCUGCCGCUGCCCGCCCGACGGCGCCCUGAGCUGCCCCGGCCCGCGGAGGAACCUCUCCCGACUAUCACUCACCUAUCUUCCUAUCAAAGUAAUCCCAUCUCAAGCUUUCAGAGGACUUGAUGAAGUUGUAAAAAUUGAAAUCUCUCAGAGUGAUUCCCUGGAAAAGAUAGAAGCUAAUGCCUUUGACAACCUCCUCAAUUUGUCUGAAAUACUGAUCCAGAACACCAAAAACCUAGUGUACAUCGAGCCUGGAGCAUUUACAAAUCUCCCCCGGUUAAAAUACCUAAGCAUCUGUAACACAGGCAUCCGAAAGCUUCCAGAUGUUACCAAGAUCUUCUCCUCUGAAAUUAAUUUCAUUCUGGAAAUUUGCGAUAACUUACACAUAACCACCAUACCAGGAAAUGCUUUUCAAGGGAUGAAUAACGAAUCCAUAACACUCAAACUAUAUGGAAAUGGAUUUGAAGAAAUACAAAGUCAUGCAUUCAACGGGACGACACUGAUUUCCCUGGAGCUAAAGGAAAAUGCCCAGCUGGAGAAGAUGCACAACAGAGCCUUCCAGGGGGCCACAGGGCCCAGCAUCUUGGAUAUUUCUUCCACCAAACUGCAGGCCCUACCUAGCUAUGGGCUGGAGUCCAUUCAGACGCUAAUUGCCACAUCAUCCUAUUCUCUAAAAAAAUUACCGUCAAGAGAAAAAUUUACCAAUCUCCUGGCUGCCACACUGACUUACCCAAGCCACUGCUGUGCUUUUAGAAACUUGCCAACAAAAGAACAGAAUUUUUCAUUUUCCAUUUUUGAAAACUUUUCCCAACAAUGUGAAAGCACAGCAAGGAAACCAAAUAAUGGAACACUUUAUUCUGCCAGCUUUGCUGAGAGUGAACUGAGUGGCUGGGAUUAUGACGAUGGUUUCUGCCCACACAAGACACUCCGAUGUGCUCCUGAACCAGAUGCUUUUAAUCCCUGUGAAGAUAUUAUGGGCUAUGGCUUCCUUAGGGUCCUGAUUUGGCUGAUUAAUAUCCUAGCCAUCAUGGGAAAUGUGACUGUCCUCUUUGUUCUCCUGACCAGUCAUUACAAACUAACAGUGCCCCGUUUUCUCAUGUGCAAUCUCUCUUUUGCAGACUUUUGCAUGGGGCUCUAUCUGCUGCUCAUUGCCUCAGUUGAUUCCCAAACCAAAGGCCAGUAUUAUAACCAUGCCAUAGAUUGGCAGACAGGGAGUGGGUGUAGUGCUGCUGGCUUUUUCACUGUAUUUGCAAGUGAACUUUCUGUCUACACCCUCACAGUCAUCACACUAGAAAGAUGGCACACCAUCACCUAUGCUAUUCAGCUGGACCAAAAACUACGAUUAAGACAUGCCAUUCCAAUUAUGCUUGGAGGAUGGCUCUUUUCUACUCUAAUUGCUAUGUUGCCCCUUGUGGGUGUCAGCAAUUACAGGAAGGUCAGUAUUUGCCUCCCCAUGGAUAUAGAAACCACUCUCUCACAAGUCUACAUAUUAACCAUCCUGAUACUCAAUGUGGUAGCCUUCUUCAUCAUUUGUGCUUGCUACAUUAAAAUUUAUUUUGCAGUUCAAAAUCCACAACUGAUAGCUACCAACAAAGACACAAAGAUUGCUAAGAAAAUGGCAGUCCUCAUCUUCACCGAUUUCACCUGCAUGGCACCUAUCUCUUUUUUUGCCAUUUCAGCUGCCUUCAAAGUGCCCCUUAUCACAGUAACCAAUUCUAAAGUUUUACUGGUUCUUUUUUAUCCUGUCAAUUCUUGUGCCAAUCCAUUUCUGUACGCGAUUUUCACAAAGGCAUUCCGAAGAGAUUUCUUUCUGUUGCUGAGCAAAUUUGGCUGCUGUAAACAUCGGGCUGAACUUUAUAGAAGGAAGGAUUUUUCAGCUUAUACCUCCAAGUGGAAGAAUGGCUUCACUGGAUCAAAUAAGUCUUCCCAGCCCACCUUGAAGCUGACCACAUUGCACUGCCAAUAUACAGCUGUCCCAGACAAGACUUGAUGUAGAGAGUGUUAACUGUUAUAUCAGUAACCACAUUACUGGAUUGUACUUAAAUAUGUAAAAAAUUAUCUGUACCAGUAACUUUAACAAAGAGUUGAUUUUAGGAAAUUAUUUAUUCUUGGGCACACUGGGCAAAGAGAGACCUCUACACCUAGCUCAAAGUGUGGUCCAUGACCACUGCCAGUCUAAAAACUAUUUGGCAUUGAUACAUGAUGACAUACAAUGCAGAAGCUGAGAGUGUUUAGAAACUAACAGCAAUUUUGACGGAGUAAUUUUAUGUCUGUUGAAUCUAGUAUUUAAAAAAUGAGGUAGUAUUUUGCAUAUCUUUGAUAUUUUUCUCUCAUUUCAUCUUUGUAGUAAUUUUUGUUACAUUUUACAAAAAUAUUAGUCCAUAACAGAUUGGAAAUUUAAAAUAACUAGUCCUUUUCUUCAGACAGUUUGAGAAACACAUUCUAGAGAUGCACUGUCCAAUCUGGUAGCCCCUAGCCACAUGUACCUAAAUUAAAAUUAAAUUAAAAAUGUAGCUUCUCAGUUGCACUAGCCACAUUUCAAGUGCUCAAUAGCCACACGUGACCAGUGGUUAUCAUAUUGGACAGCAUAGAUAGAAAACAUUUUCAUCAUCACAGAAAGUUCUAUUGGAUAGUGUUGUUCUAGAGACUUUUAUCUAUCCCCUGUCUAGGUUCUACUAUUUAAAAUUUAAUGUAAGGCAAGCAACUAAAGGCACAUUUCAGCCUAUUUUCUUGGUUCAGUGUUUAACCUCUAAAGAGCAAUGAAUCAUUGAAGAGUACAUUGUAAACACCUUAUGGGGAGGAAUCCUGUCUCAGUUUUGUGUGCCUGUCUCCUAGCUCAGGAUCUUAGCACUGGUAUGCAUCAAAUGUGCUGAAUUACACUGAAGUUAUGAAAUCUAUAAGGAAAAAAAUGUUUUUUUUCCUUUUAGGGUCCCAUCUUUUUAUUUAAAAGAAAACUUUGAAUAUUUAAAAAUAUUUAACUUUCAUCAUUUCUAUCCUCUGGGGGAUAUAGAAAAAGAUAUCCAAUAUUUGCUAGAAACUAUUUUUAUUUAUCAGAACUGACUCUUACAGGAUAACGAAAUUAUGGUUUUAAGUGCAGUGUUUUUUGUAUGCUCCUUUGACUUUUUAAAAUAAAUUUUAUUGAAAGCUUA